AUGCCCUGGAGUGAAGCUCAGAGAAAUAGGUUAGCUGCAGAGAAAAGUGUGCUGGAUCAUUUCUUUCCUGGCAGUGUGAAAUGGAUUGAUCCAACUGGCGAUACAAAAGUGGAGAUAAAUUUGAAAACCAACAACGACAACGAAUACACUCUCAGGGUUUACAUCGGCGAUUUUCCAAAUUCGAUUCCUGAUAUGGUCGUCAUAUCCUCGCCAAAACCCAUGCCUGAUUGGGGGUUUUUGGCGCACACUUUAGGAAAACGUGACGGGUAUUUGCAAAUUUGCCACUAUCACCCCAGCCAAUGGACGGAUCGUUCGUCGCUGUAUGAAGUCAUUAUGAAAGGAAGAGUUUGGCUCGAAGCCUACGAAGGUCAUUUGAGAACAGGGAAACCUAUGAGUUAUUUCCUUCGAGAAAUGGGUGCUAGCGAAAGUUUUCCAUCUUCGCCAGAAAGUUCGAGUUCCUUGCCGAAUCUAACCAGUAGAACAGAGAGUAGUAUUUACAGUAGUUGCGUAUGUCAGUGA